AUGAUGAAGACGCAGAUCGGUCUUGGUGUGCUUUCGAUACCAGUCGUAUUCGACACCCUCGGCAUGAUCCCGGGUGUCAUCUGUCUGAUCGCGAUUGCUGUGAUUACGACGUGGUCGGACUACGUUGUUGGCAUCUUCAAGCUUAACCAUCCUGAAGUCUAUGGCAUCGAUGACGCUGGAAAGCUGAUGUUCGGCAAGCCUGGACAGUACGUCCUGGGCAUAGCAUUUGUUCUCUAUUGGGUCUUUGUCUCUGGCUCUGGCAUGCUCAGUGUAUCGAUCGGUCUGAACGCACUGUCGAGCCAUGGUGCAUGUACUGCCAUCUUCGUCGCUGUCGCAUGUCUGUGUGGGUUCUUGCUUGCGAGCAUUCGCACCCUGGGCAAGGUCACCUGGAUCGCGUGGAUCGGCCUAUCCGAAAUCUUGGUCUCAAUCUUCAUUCUCACCGUCGCGGUGGGCGUUCAGGAUCGUCCAGCAGCCGCGCCGCAAGAAGGGUCUUGGAGCUCCGACUACCACAUCACGAACGCCGAUAAAGCCUCGAAGGUUUUCGCCGCCCUCUCGUCCCUCGUCUUCGCAUACGCAGGCACUCCCGCUUUCUUUUCGAUCGUAUCCGAGAUGAAGGAUCCAAGGCAUUACACCCGGUCAUUGAUCAUCUGCCAAACCGUCGUUACAGUUACCUAUCUUGUCAUCGGUAUUGCAGUGUACUACUUCUGCGGAUCAUACGUCGCAUCGCCUGCGCUGGGAUCUGCCGGCGUCACCAUGAAGAAGGUCUGCUACGGUAUCGCACUUCCGGGACUGCUGGCGACGACUUGCAUCGUGACGCACGUGCCGGCGAAGUUCCUCUUCCUGAAAUUCAUGCGAGGAUCGAAGCAUCUCACGGCCAAUACUGUACAGCAUUGGGCAGCUUGA